CGCUCAGCUAAUUUUUUUUUUCAGGCAUAUUUAGUGAGUGAAUCUAACGGGCGCGGGCCGGGCAGCUGGAGGCUGGAGGAAGGCCCCCAGCGCCAUUUUUGAGGCCGCUCGCGUUCGGCUCCGGCAACAAGAUGAACGUUAUCGACCACGUCCGCGACAUGGUGGCCGCCGGCCUCUACUCCAACGUCAGGCUGCUCAGCAGCUUGUUACUCACCAUGAGCGACAACAACCCAGAAUUCUUCUCUCCUGUGCAGAAGUACCAGCUCCUUGUCUACCAUGCCGAUUCUCUCUUUCAUGAUAAGGAGUAUCGUAAUGCUGAAUCUAAAUACAAAAUCGCCUUGCAGCAGAAGAAGGCGCUGACUAAAACUACAAAAGUGAGACCAGCUGGUGGAAGCGCCCCAUCAACACCACAAACACAGUGUCUGCCAUCAGAGAUCGAAGUUAAAUAUAAAAUGGCUGAAUGUUAUACAAUGCUCCGUCAAGAAAGAGAUGCAGUUGCAAUACUGGACACUAUUCCCACCAGGCAGCGCACUCCAAAGAUUAACAUGAUGUUGGCCAAUCUGUAUAAGAAGGCAGGGCAGGAAAGAUCAGCUGUAACCAGCUAUAAAGAAGUUCUACGACAGUGUCCCUUGGCUAUGGAUGCGAUAUUAGGUCUGCUAUCCCUCUCUGUGAAGGGUGCGGAGGUAGCAUCUCUAACUAUGAAUGUGAUUCAGAGUAUUCCGAAUCUGGACUGGUUAUCUGUUUGGAUCAAGGCGUAUGCUUUUGUUCACACUGGUGAUAAUACCAGGGCUAUCAAUGCUAUCUGCUCGUUAGAGAAGAAAUCAUUAUUGCGGGAUAACGUGGAUUUAAUGGGAAGCCUUGCAGACUUGUAUUUCCGAGUGGGUGACAGCAAAAAUGCCAUCCUUAAGUUUGAACAAGCUCAGAUGCUGGAUCCAUAUAUCAUUAAGGGAAUGGAUGUCUAUGGAUAUCUUCUAGCAGGUGAGGGCCGACUCGAGGACGUUGAAAAUUUAGGUGGACGUUUAUUCAAUAUAUCUGAUCAGCAUGCAGAACCGUGGGUUGUCUCGGGUUAUCAGUGUUUGUACAGCAAACGAUAUUCACGUGCACUUUAUCUGGGAGCAAAAGCAAUUCAAUUGAAUAGCAACAGUGUGCAAGCCUUGCUGUUAAAAGGUGCUGCUUUGCGAGCCUUGGGCAGAAUCCAGGAAGCUAUUAUACACUUCAGAGAAGCCAUGCGUCUCUCCCCUUGCAGAAUGGAUUGCUAUGAAGGACUGGUUGAAUGCUAUUUAGCUUCAAACAGCAUUCGUGAGGCAAUGGUGAUGGCAAAUAAUGUCUUCAAAACACUGGGCCCAAAUGCCCAGACUUUGACUCUUUUUGCCACUGUUUGCUUGGAAGACCCAAUGACGCAAGAGAAGGCGAGAACACUUCUGGAUAAAGCCCUGGCACAGAAAUCCGACUAUCUAAAAGCAGUGGUCAAAAAAGCAGAACUUCUGAGUCGUGAGCAGAAGUACGAAGAAGGUAUAGCUCUUCUGCGAAAUGCGUUGGCAAACCAGAGUGUUUGUAUUCUGCAUCGGAUGCUUGGAGAUUUUCUGGUGGCUAUAAGCGAUUAUCAGGAAGCAAUGGAUCAAUACAGCAUUGCAUUAAGCUUGGACCCCAAUGAUCAGAAGUCUUUAGAAGGCAUGCAGAAGAUGGAGAAGGAAGAAAGCCAGACCGAGGCAGCACAAGAGGAGGAUGUGGAUGACAUGGAAGGUAGUGGAGAAGAGGGAGACCUGGAGGGGAGUGACAGUGAGACUGCACAGUGGGCAGAUCAAGAACAGUGGUUUGGCAUGCAGUAGGAAAAGCACACGGGCCUCUUCAAAUGAACUUCUCAUGUUUGGAAUCCAUGGUUCUGUUAACCAGGUACCUUGGAUUUUAUAAUGAAUUGUAAUCAUUGCUUCGCAUUACAGAGGGAAAUACUUUGUCAGAUAUCUGUUAUUACUUGUUGUGUUUCAAUUAUAAUUGUACAGCAUUGUACUAUUUUCUUUACAGAAAUACUCUUCGCUUCCAUAAUGUAUAUUCAAGUCAGUUAACUGAUAUGGUGACAACAGAUUGAGUUUGUGUGACUGUUGUGACGUCACUUAUUAAACAUGUCAAUUUGAGACUUAAUUUUCCAAAUUUAUGAAAUCUAUACAGUGAGCCUAAUGUCUUGGGUAUAGGUUUGCAUGAAUUAAGGCCAAGCUGAACUCCAAAUGCUGAAAUAUUUUUCUAAUUAUCUUUGUGAAAGCUGUAAAAUCCAAGCAAGGUGACUAUGAAACAUUUAAACUGCUUGAAUCCUGAAGCUGGAUUGCAGAGCAAGUGAUAGAUUUCAAAAAAUUGUGUUUAGAAAUUUACACUGACUACUGUAAUUUUUUUACCUUGAAACAUCUUGAUUUAGUUCUCGAUUGAAUCUAUAUUUUUCCAAUGGCCACAUUCACCAAAGUAGGAUUGGACUCAGUGGGCUGAAGGCUCUGUUUCCAUGCUGUAUCUCUAAAUUAUUCUCAGAUCCAUUGCCAAUUUGAUCUAUUGCCAAUUUUGCUUUGUCAUUAAGACCUGGAUUUGCUCCAUUCUUUGGUGCUGGCUAACUCUUUGUGCUCCAUGCAAGAAUUAAAUUUGUACACGGCUGAAUCCAAUUUCAACAGACAUUGUGCAUCAUAUAAUUUAUUGUUUGUAUUAAAUCUUUUUGACAGCUGUGAUGCUCUACGCUGUCUCACCAGCUCGUUCUUGCAAUAACUGUUUUGAUAGCCGUAUUGUGUCUUUUCUAAAGAAUAGAGGUAAAAUGACAUUUUGCAGUACUAAUUGAAAUGUAUACAGUGUAUACACUGUAGUUGUGAGCAUCAUUGUAUAUGAAAUGCAUGUUUUUUCCUUUAAAUAAAAAUUAAUGUCCUCUGUUAGAAA